AUGGCUCAAAAUUCUUCAGACCGCCUCUCCAAGAUCCCUAAACUCAAGGUACCAACAAGUACACCCACCGAUCCCUCUCAACCAAAUCAUUCUCGCUCCAGAAAUCUCCCGGGAGCAAUCUCUACCGCUGGAAAUAAAGAACACCACCACCAUGAACCUCACCAUCCACACCAUGGAUUUAUCCACCCCUCUCACGACUCCACCCUAUUCUCCCCCACGAACACCAGUUCUAGUCCUUCCAACCUAAUUCUAAGCGAAGCCCCUGGUGUAAUCCCACCAUUCACAUCGCCCACAUUUGCCCUACCGCAUAGCCAACCAUUCUCCGACCAGGAUACACCGUCUGGGACUGAAGACGCGGCAGGAUUAGGUGCUCCGCCGAAUUUGGCAAGUGAUUUGGAAGAAGCGUUAAUGGAGGAGGUGGAAAAGAAUCCGGGGUUGACACAGGGACUUCGUAUUGAGGAAUUGGCUCAGGGUGGAGAAGGGGGUAGUAAUUUGACGCCGGGGGAGGUGGGUACGGAGAUUGACAUUGAGGUGGAUGCUGGAGUAGGAGUAGGAGUAGAGGAUGAGGACGAGAUUACGUGGGAGAGUGACUCGGAUGAUGAUGAAGGAGGGCAUGAGGGAGGAGAAAAAGAUGAAGAGUAUGUUGCGUCUUCUUCUGUGUCUGAUUCGGAGAAAUCGUCAGACUCGGGCUUUGAUGGUACCUUUGUGGCUCGAAAUCCGGAUACGAAUAUGGAUACAGGACCGGAAUAUGAUGAGAGGUUUGUGAAUGGGAGAGAUGGCUAUGACAUUACUGGUGUUGAUGCUGAUACUGGUGCUGGAGGAGCAUGGAAUGAGAUGUCUAAUGAUAUUGACGUGGAUCCGUAUUCAGUGAGGCCGGUGAAGGUACCGGGGGUAAAUGAUGUUCAAAUGGGGUUUGGCGGUGUCAAUGGGGAUUCGGAGUGGAAUGGAGUGGAGGCUUUAGAGCCAGAGGAAGAUGAGGCGGUGGAUGGAUAUGAGGGGACAGGAGAUGGGGUGCAGAGACAUAGUGAGGAUGAUGUUUGGUGGUGA